AGAACAAGGCAGAAAUCCCCAAUCUCCCGGUCGCCGGAACACCCCACCCGAGCGCACCGGCAGCCGGCGAGGAACCCGCUCCGGUAGGCGGCGAUGGGCGGGCACGGCGGUCUGAACAUCCUGCCGCAGAAGCGCUGGAACGUCUACAGGUUCGACAACCAGGAGAAGGUCCGCGUCGACGAGGCCGAGGCCGCCCGCCAGGACCAGCUCCAGCGGGAGGCCACCCGCCGCCGCGAGUCCCACUCCCGCCUCGUCGCGCUCCGCCGCAACCGCGGCCUCCAGGCCGACUCGCCCUCCCCACCCCGUGCCCCGUCUCCACCCCGGUCCGCGGAUCAGGUCGCCCCGCCCCCGCCUCCACCCCCCGCCGCCCGGCAUGCGGAUCCACUACCCGUCGCCUCCGACGGCGACCACAUCAACCUCUUCUCCGGCGGCGGCGGGGCCGCCGACUUCGCCGCGCUCGCCUCCGCUAGCGGCGGGAGGGGCGCGGCUCGGGAGCGGGAGCCCGCUGCCGACUCCAAGCCGAACCCUAAGAAGCGGAAGAAGGAGGAGGAGACCAGGACGGCGGGGCCCGACGAUGAGAAGUACAGGCUGGGUUACGGCCUCGCCGGGAAGGGCGUCGCUGCGCCCUGGUACGCGUCCAAGCCCUUGGCUUCCUCGUCCAAGGAUAGGAGAGAUUGCGCGGCAGGCAGCGGGGAGAAGAGGAGUGGAGGGAAGAAGAGCAUCGAGGAGCUUAGAGAGGAGAGGAGGAAGAGGGAGGCCAAGGAGAAGGAGCGCGAGCGCGCUUUGCUUACCACUACAUCGAGGAAGAAGGAGAGGCAGCCGGACCGGGGGUACUCGUCAAGGUAUGUGCGUUGAUGUGGUGGUUCGUGUGAUAUGGUGUGAAGGAUUUGCAAUGGAUAUUCGCUGGAGGAAACAGAAGAUGUCGUGACUAUCCUAAGCGAAAAGAUUGGGAAAGAUCAAUGGGGAGGCCAAGAGCCAUGCUGCUCAGGUGCCAUCGCAUGAACUUUGAAGCAGUUUAAGAUCAUCUCAAUGAACAGCCUAAGAUUUGUUAGAGAUUAGUUUGUUUGUGAUUUAAUUCUGUAAACCAACAAGUGUAUUAGUAGUGUGCCAAGCUGGUGAUUGCAUAUCCACUAUUCUUGUAAAUUUUACCAACUCUUUCCUGCUGUACAUACUUGGUUUGGGUUUCUGAAUUUCACUAUUGAAACAAAUGUUCCAAGUUC